CCUGUGGAUGGGACAGGAAAGGCUGUUUCCUCCCGGUGACUCAGGAUUGCAAAGGGAACUGGCCUCCAGAGCCUCUUGCCAGCUGUGGGAACGGCAAAGCUUUCGGGUGGCCCUCCAGGAGUCAGGAUGGUUGUCUUGGAUGACUUUUGAGGGGGACUGUUGCCAUGGAGACCUGUAACCGCAGUGUGGGCAGCCCAGCUGGUCGAGUGCAGGCACGUCUACAGAACAGUCUUCUAGACCUGACCGAGACAGGCAAAGGCCUGAAAGUGCAGACUGAAAAGCCACAUCUGGUGAGCCUGGGCAGUGGGCGUCUCAGCACUGCCAUCACUCUCCUGCCUCUGGAAGAAGGCAAAACCAUGCUGGGCUCAGCUGCCGGUGACAUUGUGCUGCAGGGGGCCGGUGUGGCACCCAAGCACUGCUUCAUCGAGAACAUGCACGGGACUCUCACUCUGCACCCCUGUGGCAACCCAUGUGCCAUAGAUGGCUUGGCAGUCACACGCCCCACACGCCUUUCUCAAGGGUGUAUGAUUUGCCUGGGCCAGUCGACCUUCCUUCGGUUCAACCACCCGGCUGAGGCGAAGUGGAUGAAAAGCAUGAUUCCCAGUGUGGGGCGAAGCCCUGCACCCCAGCAUGGGCUCACAGCAGAGGCCCAGAGCCUUCUGAACGGCAACCAAGAUACGGCGAAGGCUUCCCGGCACAGCCACAGCGCCCUGGUCAGCUCCAUUGAGCGGGACUUGCAGGACAUCAUGGACUCCCUGGUGCUGGAGGAGGAAGGCAGCACUCCCAGGCAGCUCCCCAGCAGCCGCGGCAACGCUCCGUCGCCAGACUCCUCCGUCGUGAAUGGCAGGGGCGGGCGCUACCUGCUGUCACCUCCCCAGAGCCCUGGCGCCAUGUCUGUGGGAUCCAGCUACGAAAACACCUCCCCACCCUUCUCUCCCCUCUCCUCUCCCGCAAGCAGUAGCAGCUGCGCCAGCCACUCGCCUGGCACCCAGGACCAGGGCCCGGCCCUGCCUCCGGUGGUGCCCGUUCGCUCCUCUAGUUUCAACCACACCAUGCUGACUCCUCACGGCGGGGCCAGCCUGGACCUGCCGAGCAGCGCUGGAGGCCCGAACCCGACACGGGGGCCGGUGAGCCCACGGACGGCUCGGAGGGCCACACAGGAGAGUCCCCGGAGCCCCACACCCAGCCGCAGGGCCCAGCCCUCGGGGGACAACCCCCGCCCGGGCCCACGCAGCUCCCCUCCUCCUGCAUUGCCCGCUGGCGUGAGCGAGAGCCUGCCAGGAAGCCCUCGGGUACAGCCACCCACCAGCCCACGCCUGGCCCCCAAAUUCCAGUCGCCUUCCACCCCACGGACCAAGGCCACGGCUCUGCAGGAGAGGCCUCCCAGCCCUUUCCGGGAAGCGCGGGACACUCCUCCUGGCACCUCCCGCCAAGGUCUGGGCAAAGGCUUCCCGCCAGCUGAGCCUGCUGGGUUUGUGCCUCUCAGCCAGUCGAGCCGGGCCCUGCAGCCCCCCGAGAGCCCCCGACUCAGCCGGCGGCCUCUGGAGAGCAUGCGGGAGCUGCCUCCUCUCAGCCCCGCCUUGUCCCGCCGGGCAGUGUCGCCAGCCCCUCACGGCGGCCCCCCAGUGCAGACCAAGGCCGGUGAGGCCACCUGUGGCUGGCGGAGGGAGCCUCUCGAGGACCUUAUGUCUGCCUCUUUCUCCUGCCUGCGGGGACGCAGCCCCUCGCCCACCCUGCUGGCCAGGGAGCCUGGCCAACGCAAGCCCAGCUACGCAAGCGGCCUGAGCCCCGCCUACAGCCUGGGCUCCCUGACCUCGGCCUCGCCGCGCCAGAGCCCCCGCCUGCACCGGAAGUUGUCUGGGGGGCUGGAGCUGACGCCGGGGCCCCUGCGGGAGCGCAAGCACAGCAUCUCGGAGCUCAGCGGCGACGAGGGGGAGCUGAGGGAAUACCAUCGCUGGCAGCGCCAGGAGCGGCUCCGGGAACAGGAGAUGGAGCGGCUGGAGCGGCAGCGGCUGGAGACCAUCCUGAGCCUGUGUGCCGAGUACACUCACAGCGAUGGCGAUCCGGGCCAGGAGCACAACACUUUCCCCAGCGCUGCUGCCGAGGGCGCUGGCCAGCCGGGAAGGAGGCCCUCCAAGGGCUCCAUCAGUCUUGGACGAGCGAAGGAGCAGCUGGUGGGAACCCUGGGCCUGCGGGAGAGGGAGAGCUUGGAGCGCUCGGAUGAGGACCACCUGAAAGAGGAAAGCAGCAGCACGGAGAGUGCCGGCCAGGAGCACGAAGAGCCACCCAGCUCCAAAGCCAGCCAGGAGGCGGCGCUGCUGGAGGAGGAGCGCACCCGUGUCCUGGCCAGCGUCGAUCAGCUGAAGAGCCGAGCUAAGGAGCUGGAGCAGCAGCUGCAGGAAACAGCCCGGGAGGCGGAGAUGGAGCGGGCCCUCCUGCAAGGCGAGCGGGAGGCCGAACUGAUCCAGCUGCAGCAGGAGCAGAAGGCAGUGCAGCAGUUGCAGGAGCGCAUGUCUGGUCUGGACGCCGCCAUCCACCGGGACAAGGAGAGGGCAAAGGUUGAUGCUGAAAGGAAGGAACUUGAGCGACUGCGGGCACUAUACUCUGAGCUCAAGCGCCAGCUUGAUAACUGCCCUGAGUCAAUGAGGGAGCAGUUGCAGGACCAGAUGCAAAGGGAAGCGGAGGCCCUGGAGACGGAGACGAAGCUGUUUGAGGACCUGGAGUUCCAGCACCUGGAGAAGGAGAGCCGCCUGGAGGAGGAACGCGAGAUGCUCAGCCAGCAGCUCCUGCACAGCAAAGCCGAGAGCCACCGCAGCGUGGCACGGAGGAAGGAACGCCUGGCAGCGCUGGAGAGUCAAGCCAACCAGAUCAGGCUGCAGGCUGCUCAGGAGGCUGACCGGCUGGGCAAGGAGAAAGCCACCACCUUGCAGAUGCUGCAGAAGGAGAAGGAGACCCUCCUUGCGCUAGAGAGACGGUACCGGGUGCUGACUGGUGGCUCUGGCUUCCCCAAGGCCUCUACAGCUCUGCGAGAGGAGACGCUUCCUUUCUCUGAGCUGGGGGAGGCGGCUGCUUCUGCAAGCCCCUUCUGUGCAGCUACUGCUUCCUCCGCCCAGCUCUAUCCAGGGAGGACAGAGGAGUACGUGAGACUUUCUGACGUUUUCCCAUUUUGCGGCUGUGGGCCAGAUGCUAGCGCCGCACCUGCCGUCCCCUCACCUGCGCCCCCACUGUCCUAUGAGUAUGUGACAACUGACCAACUGGCAGUGAUUCUGGGCAGCGUCAGGUCGGCUGUAGGGCUUGCCCACUCCCCCAGCCCCCCUGCGGCAGACUCCGCUGCUUCUGCCCUGCCGGCGGCGCUGCUCUGCUCCUCCAGCUGCCCCCAGAGAGAGCCGUGGUGGGCAGAGAGCGCAGUGCGGCUGCCACUUUUCGCCCAGGACCUCCCAGCUGGCUUUGAGGCUGAAGCAGGCCCCCCUGCUGCUUGUCUCUCCUCCUCCUCCCCUCCUCCUCCUCCUCUGCCUGCUAAAGCUCACUCGUCUCCAGACCCACGACAGGUCUAUCGCUCCAAGAUUGAUGGUGGCUCCAGCAGCUUGGCUUGGCCCAAAGGAGGCAGCUCUUCCUCGCAGCUCAACGUGGCCACUCUGGGGCGCAGCCCCUCGCCCAAGAGCUCCCUGUCCCCACAAAACGGCACCGGCAGCCUCCCUCGGAAUCUGGCCAGCACCCUGCAGGAUAUCGAGAGCAAGCGCCAACUGGCCCUUCAGCAAAAGGGCCAGCAGGUGAUUGAGGAGCAGCGGAGGCGCUUGGCCGACCUGAAGCAGAAAGCGGCGGCCGAGGCUCAGUCCCAGUGGGAGGCCCUGCAUGGGCAGCCCCUUCCCCCUUCUCCGUACUCCCCCCUCAUCCACCACUCCAUCCUCCAUCACCACCCACCGGGGGGCCUGGGCCUGCGCGCCAACGAAGACGGGGAGCGUGCCUACGACACCCUCAGCCUGGAGAGCUCCGACAGCCUCGACACCAACCUGUCCACGAGCGGCAACUCCGCCUGCUCCCCGGACAACGUCUCCAGCGCCAGCGGGGCAGAUGCAGGGAAGAUCGAGGAGAUGGAGAAGAUGCUGAAGGAGGCCCACGCGGAGAAGUCGCGCCUGAUGGAAUCGCGGGAACAAGAGAUGGAGCUGCGGCGCCAGGCCCUGGAGGACGAGCGGCGGAGGCGGGAGCAGCUGGAGCGGCGUCUGCAGGAUGAGACGGCGCGGCGGCAGAAGCUCAUCGAGAAGGAGGUCAAGAUGCGAGAAAAGCAGUUUGCCCAGGCCCGCCCCCUGACGCGCUACCUGCCCAUCCGCAAAGAGGACUUCGACCUGCGUUCGCACAUUGAAUCAUCUGGCCACAGUGUGGACACCUGCAGCCACGUCAUCCUCUCUGAGAAGAUGUGCAAAGGCUACCUGGUCAAGAUGGGGGGUAAAAUCAAGUCCUGGAAGAAGCGAUGGUUCGUUUUUGACCGCCUGCGGCGCACUCUCUCCUACUAUGCUGACAAGCAUGAGACGAAGCUCAAGGGCCUCAUCUACUUCCAGGCCAUUGAGGAGGUUUAUUACGAUCACUUGCGCAGCGCAGCCAAGAAGGGAUUCUUCUCUCUCAGCCUGGCCAGUCACCUAGCCGACUUUCUCCCUGCCCCCUUCAGUGGAGAGAGCCCCAACCCUGCCCUCACCUUCUGCGUCAAGACUCACGACCGCCUCUACUACAUGGUGGCCCCAUCGGCUGAGGCCAUGCGCAUUUGGAUGGAUGUCAUCGUGACAGGAGCCGAGGGCUACACGCAGUUCCUGAACUGAUGGAGGGGAGGGCCAGAGGAUGCCACCGUGAGCCCUGGCCUGGCUGCCUCUUCCUCUGCGAGGGAGGCAGGAAGAGACACCAGCCGGACUCGCUUGGACUGACAAGGCCCUGCCAGGCCUCCAUCACUGCCGCAGCUGCAGGAGGGCAGCCUCGUGGGGCCACCUGUGCCAAAGAUCUCACGCUACCCCAGAGGGCAGGCCCAGCUCUGCCCCAUGCUCAGUUCCUGUAAAAAAGCGCUCAGGGCCCACGUAGCAGCAGAAGUCAGCUGGGGGAGACACAGGUGCCUUCUGGCGCUUAGCCCAGUUUUCUUCCUCCUGAGGACUAGCGGCAUGGCCUGCGCCAGCUGCCCUAUAAACCGCAGGGGAGGGUGGGCUUCACCUACCACCAUGUGCCUUGUUGGGGGAGAGAGUAGCAUCUGACACCUGUUCUCCCUGGCUUUGCCUAGUCCAAGGCUCAGGGUAGGGUACUGGGAGCAGGCAGACCUCUCCCCACACCUUCCCUGCUGCCAGGUGAAGGUGGGAUCCAGCUCAGCCUGGUCCUCUUCCCAUCCUACCCUCGGCCAGAAGAGGUGGAUUUCUUUUCUUUUGCCUCGGUGGUCACUUUUAUACCUUGCUUUAAAAAACUACAGCAGCUCUCCUCCUGUGCCUCAGGGCUGUUGAGGUUGCUGCUGUUGGGGGGGGGGAGGACAAUAAAACCUUUUAUGUAA